AUUUCCGUAGUUUGUCAUUAACGGAAGACGUAAAAAUCUCCGAAAAGUUCCGAAGAAGAUUCCAUACAUGCGGUUUAUUUCCGCUUUACGUCACCCCACAUUGCUUUCCAUCAAGUCCUUUCUAAAAUAUUUCAUAACGCAGUGCAACGGCGUGAAACAGAAAUAUCAAAAUGCCUAUCUUUGUGCACUCACUCCAAACUCAUGUUGUGGACCUCAAUGAACAGAAAACAGUCCAGGAUGUCAAGUCACUGGUAACUGAACGAGAAGGUCUUCCAAUUGACCAAAUGGCAGUCUUUUAUGAAGGUCAGCCUUUGGAAGAUGAUUGUCAACUUGUUACCUUCAGAGAUGAGUCCACACUGAAUGUUGAACUCAGAUUGCUUGGAGGUAAAGUCCAUGGUAGCUUGGCCCGUGCUGGUAAAGUCAGAGGACAAACACCCAAGGUGGAUAAACAAGAAAAGAAAAAGGGCAGGACAGGUCGUGCCAAGCGUCGUAUGCAGUACAACAGGAGAUUUGUCAAUGUUGUUGCUGGAUUUGGUCGCAAGAAGGGUCCAAAUGCUAGAUCUUAAAUGCACAUACUUUUUGGAAAUUGAAUUAUGCUAUGGAAAUAAAUAUUGUGCUUCAAUAACUAA